ACAAUGCCUCCCCUUCACUGGCUGCAUCUUUACUACACUCAGGAGUGCAGGGAAUCCAGUGCCUGCUGGGUCUGAGAAGUCAGACUCUGUCCGAGCAGUCAGAGCCAGUGCAAGCCACCCUCACCCAGCUCAUGAGGGCUGCAGCUGUGACCAAGAUGGACAAGCUCUUCUUCUGGUGCACUUUUCUGUCCUCCUCUGCCACUCUCCAGGCGGCAUCCACGGACCCAGGUGCUGCACCAGCAUGCCCGCCUCAGUGCCACUGUGAAGAAGAUGGCAUAAUGCUCUCAGUGGAUUGUUCAGAGCUGGGACUCUCCCAAGUCCCUGUCAGCCUGAGCCCCUUAACGGCUUACCUUGAUCUGAGCAUGAACAACAUUAGCGAGCUGCAACCCAGGCCAUUCCAGCACCUGCGCUUCCUGGAGGAGCUGCGCCUCUCUGGAAACCAGCUCUCCCAGAUCCCAGGAGAAGCCUUUUGUGGCCUCUACAGCCUGAAGAUCCUGAUGUUGCAGAACAACCAGCUCAGCCGGAUCCCGGCCGAGGCACUGAGUGAUCUUCCAAACCUCCAGUCUCUACGCCUGGAUGCAAACCUGAUUUCCGUGGUGCCCAAGAAGAGCUUUGAGGGGCUGCCCUCCUUGCGUCACUUGUGGCUGGAUGAUAAUGCCCUGACAGAGAUCCCUGUCCAAGCUCUCAACAACCUUCCAGCCCUGCAGGCCAUGACGCUGGCUCUCAACCUGAUCUGGCAUAUUCCUGACUACGCCUUCCAGAACCUCAGCAGCCUCGUUGUACUGCAUCUGCACAACAACCGGAUCCAGAGCCUGGGGAUCAACAGCUUCGAAGGGUUGCACAGCCUGGAAACCCUGGACCUGAACUAUAACAAGCUGCUGGAAUUCCCGGUAGCCAUCAGGACGCUAGGCCGGCUACAGGAGCUGGGCUUCCAUAACAACAACAUAAAGGCUAUUCCAGAGAAGGCAUUUGUUGGGAAUCCUUUACUCCAAACCAUCCAUUUUUAUGACAAUCCCAUCCAGUUUGUUGGACAGUCCGCAUUCCAGUUCUUGUCAAAGCUGCACACUCUGUCACUGAACGGAGCAACAGACAUCAGAGAAUUCCCAGACCUUAAAGGAACCACCAGCCUCGAAAUUCUGACCUUGACCCGGGCAGGGAUCCGUUUGCUUCCCAGAGGAAUGUGCCAGCAGCUGCCCAGCCUCCGAGUCCUCGAACUCUCGCACAAUCAAAUCGAGGAGCUGCCCAGUUUCCACAGGUGCCAGCAGCUGGAAGAAAUAGGCCUCCAGCACAACAGGAUCCAUGAAAUCAGAGCAGACACCUUCGGGCAGCUCGUGGCCCUCCGCUCCAUAGACCUGAGUUGGAAUUACAUCCAGUCGAUUCAUCCAGAGGCCUUUGCGACCCUGCGCUCGCUCACCAAGCUAGAUUUGACCAACAACCAGCUGGUCACCCUGCCGCUGGAUGGUUUGGGUGGACUGACCCAUCUGAAGCUCCAAGGCAACCCAGCGCUGUCUGAGCCCUUCAGCAAAGAAAGCUUCCCUAAGAUGAGAAUCCUAGAAGUGCCCUAUGCCUACCAGUGCUGCGCCUAUGGAGUCUGUAGCAACUUCUUCAAGGUAUCCAGCCAGUGGGAGACAGAAGACAUGAGCCCGGAAGAUGAGGAUGCCUACAAGAGGAGCAUGGGGUUGUUUCCGGGUCAUGCUGAUAACCACUAUGACCUGGACAUAGACGACUUCCAGCUGGAGUUUGAGGAGUCAAAGUUGCACCCCACCAUCCAGUGCACACCCAGCCCUGGUCCCUUCAAGCCUUGCAAUCAGUUGUUUGAGAGCUGGAUCAUCCGCCUGGGGGUCUGGGCCAUCGCGCUGGUCUCAGUGCUCUGCAAUGGGCUGGUCAGCCUGGCCGUCUUCGCCUCGCCCAGCUACCUCUCGCCAGUCAAGUUCGUCAUCGGCUCCAUAGCCGGGGCCAAUAUGCUGACGGGCGUCUACUGCAGCAUGCUGGCUGUCGUCGACGCCCUGACCUACGGACAGUUUGCCAAGUACGGGGCCAGGUGGGAGACGGGGGCGGGCUGCAGGGCCACGGGCUUCCUGUCCGUCUUCGCCUCAGAGGCCGCCAUCCUCCUGCUGACGCUGGCCACCGUGCAGUGCAGCGUUUCAGUCUCCUGCUUCCGGCUGUGUGGGAAGUCACCUUCCUUCAUUAGCGUCAAAGCCGCCACGCUGGGCUGCCUGAUGCUGUCCUGUGCAGCGGCAGCCUUGCCGCUCUUCUCCGUGGGGGAGUAUGGUGCGUCCCCGCUCUGCCUCCCGUCCCCCGUCCCCGACGGGGAAUCCUCCACCCUGGGCUUCAUGGUGGCCCUGGUGAUGGGGAACACCCUCUGCUUCCUGAUCAUCACGGGCACCUACAUCCGGCUCUACUGCAGCCUGCUGAAAGGGGAGUUCGACACCCUCUGGGACUGUGCCAUGAUCAAGCAUGUGGCCUGGCUGAUCUUCACCAACUGUCUCCUCUACUGCCCAGUAGCCUUCCUCACCUUCUCCUCCAUGCUCAACCUCUUCCUCAUCACCCCAGAGGUCAUCAAGUCGGUCCUGCUGGUGGUGCUGCCCUUACCUGCCUGCUUGAACCCCCUGCUUUAUCUGCUCUUCAACCCCCACUUCCGAGACGACCUGCGCCUGCUUCGGCACAGGGGCCAGACCAAGGGCAGCUGCCCCCAGUCGUACGCCUCAGAUGACACGGAGAAGAGCUCAUACGACUCCACCCAGGCUCUAGUGACCUUCUCGGACGCCGAUCACAUAUUUGAGGUGCCCGACGCCUUGGGUGUGCACCCGGUCCUGGAUGCCUACAGCUUCCCCUCGGUGACGCUCAUCCCCUGCCAGCAGAGGAUGGGUGCCAAGGGGCAAGAGAGUGGCUACUCUGCCCGCCACCCCUGCCUGACCGACGACGAGCUGCUGAUUUCCUCGGAAAGCAGGGAUCCAGCCAGCAGUGGCCUUCGGGUCAGCUUCUUCCCCUCUCUGCCCGCACCGUCCUUCACGUCUCACUUAUAAACACCCCGCAACCGGCCACGCAGGCAGCCCCUCAUCAAAUGAGCCAAACAAGAGCUCCCCCAGCCUUGGGGGGACGAGACGCAGGCUGAUCUACGUCAGGCAUCGACAUGCCCCCAUCGCAUCAUAACCCUGGGCAACAGGCAGAGCAAUGCCUGGCAGCGCAGCCUAGUCACCAUCCCAAGAGCUCAGGGCUUUCAUGGCAGGAUACAAGUGCACGAACGCACAAAGAAACACUGUGUCCCCUCUGCCCCUGCAUAACAGGGGACCCCCUGAGCCCAGAAAGAGAGCGAGAGAGACUCCCCAUCCUGGGAUUUCCCUAGACAGACUCCUAGCAUACCAAGUCACAGAGCAGGAAGGACCUGCAGGUAAGGAACCAAAAUGCUUCUAGUCCAGGGAGAUUCCUCCCCCCCACAAGGGAGUUACCCCCUAGCCUCUGUGGUGGAGCCGGAGCUCUUGCCAAGCUUGCUGCCCUCUGACCCUACAAGCUGUGAUGCUGGCCCACACUUAGUCCUGCUGGUCGCGUGUUCUGGAAGAGGAUGGGUGAGGGAGUGGAGCAGGUGGGAGUGAAGUGGCACCAGGCAGCACCCACAGCAGUGGCAGCAAAAACCCAUUGCAACCCCACGGCAGGUGGGAGAAUCCUCAGGCUUCGCACCUCGCAGGACACUUUACAGACACCCUCCGGUGAGCGCCGCCGUGCCCUGGGAGGGGAGUCAGAACUCUGCCUUCCCCGUUACGCAGCUGGGGAAACCAAGGGAGGGGAUGAAGGGCAACGUUUUCAAAAGCGGCCGUUAAUUUGGGGCCUUGCAUUUGCCUUUCUCCAGGGCCUACUAGAGGAGACAACCACCCUUCCACAGUGCCAGCCUUCCAGCGGCACUCUCACAGCCCUUUGACCCCUUCCCACUGGAACUAAUAACAAAUAGGGCCGUCUGCUCCCCUGCCAGGCGGGAUCUGCAGGCAAGUAGCUGACCCGUCACAGGCAUGGCUGAGCCCGACUCCCUUUAAAGGGCUAGGACAGCUUUGUGAUUGCUUACUCUAGCGUCCAGAUCCUCAAAGGCACGUAGGCAGCUAACUCUCAUUGGUCUCAAUGGGCAGUAGGCCCCCUAAAUACAUUUGAGGCUCUGGGCCUCCGUGCUUCUAUGGAUAAACCCUUCCAGAUCUUUUUUCCCCAGUUCUUUAUUAGCCGAAAUAUGCAUCCUCUCCCACUCUCCGGGCUGCCUGCCAUUUGUUCUCCUGAAUCAGUGUUAACAUGAUCAGCCACCAUGCUCUGGGAUAUUGUCUUACUGGAGGUGUUAGUCUGCGUCAAGCACAGUCUGCUUUUAAAGGACACCAGAUUAAUAUCAUUCUGAUCAUUUAUUUUUAACAUUAAUUCUACCCUAUAUCAAAUACAAACCAUGGACACAUCCAUCUGUCACAUGCCUGUACUAAGAGAAACUCUGAAUUGGAUGUAAUGCCUUUAAUACACCAUGUAUAUGUUAUUGUAUGUAUAUAUGAUGCCAUAUAUAAUAUCCAGCAUGCGUGCGUGUGUAUAUUAUGUGUAUAUUUAUAUAUAACCAGUUUCCCUGCCCUGCUGACCAUUCCUUCACCCUGUUUGUGUAUAUGAACUGUAAAGCAUCCUGUAUGAA